AUGAAAGGCAAAAAUAAUUCAAAUAUUGCCUCUUCAUGGCCAAUUAUAGUUAAUGAAAAUGCGCUCAAUGAAGCUAGCAUUUUGCCUCAUUUAUUGCACGAAGCUAAUGAACAAGCACAACAGGAAGUAAUUGAAACGAUGGAAGAAAACGAGGAAGUCUGCGAUGAAGAUCAGUUGCAGAAUAUGAUAGAGAAUUAUAGCAAACAUGUAAUUAAGCAGACACAGAAUCAACAAAUGGAACAGACUAAUAAAAAUUCCUUGAAGACUGCUGAAAGAAGUACUAGCCAUUUGCAGAAAAAAAUAUCUGCACAACAACAACAAACGCCAAUGAGCCAUUCACAUCCUUGUUUAUUUCUGGAUGGAACAAAAUCGAAUGAAGACAGUGGAAAAAGACCUGACAAUCUUCCCCAACAAACUCCCAAAAAAACAACAGAAGUUCCCUUCAAAAAUAAUUUGUAUAAAUCAGAAAGUGAUCGAACAGAAAAAAUAUCUACUAAUCAACAAUUAGAAAAUGAAAAUAAAUUUUUGAAUGGAAUACAGCAACAAAAUAUUGAUCAAAAUUCAACAAAUUUGAUUCAACAAAAACAACAAAUUGAAAAAUUACAACGUAAAUGUAAUCGUUUGGAACAAUUAGAAUCUUCUUACAGAAAAAUAGAAAAAGAUUAUGAGCAAAUGCUUUGUCAACAGGAAAGACGUGAAGAAUUGAGUAAAAUAGCAAUACAAAAAUUAGAACAUCAAUUGCGUGUAUUGGACGCUGAAAACGAGCAAUUACGUUCACAAAAUGCAAAUAUUGGUGCAAUUUUUGGAGUACAACAAAAGACAGGGGAAGUUAAUAAUGACCAACAAAUACAUUUUUUAUUGAAUGAAUUAAUUCCAAAAAAUAAUGAAUUGUUGGUUAUACAAGAAAGACAACGCUUGGAAUUGGAUGCACAAAGCGCUACUUUGGAGGAACAAAGAACACACAUUGAAGUUUUGGAGAAGGCUUUAGCUAAUGCUCAAGAGAGAUUGGCAGCUAAGGAACGUGCAGCGAUAGAUGCUGCUGCUGUUGUUGAUAAAUGUUCUCAUUUACAAAGAAUAUUACAAGAAGCAUUGGAGGACAAACAACGUCAAAAAGAACAACAUGGACGUCAAGUAGCACAAUUAGAAAUGGAAUUGACCCAAUUACGUCUUCAAUUAGCCAAAGAAAAUAAUUCACAGGCUAUAGGAAGUCUUGGACGUAAAGGAGGUGCAAUAACUGCCGCUGCUGGUUGUGCUAAUAAUAAUACACCUGAAGCAACAGACGAAAUGUUAAAAUUAAAAAAAGAAUUGAAUCAAAAAGAGGAAAGAAUUUCACAAUUAGAAACUUCUUUACUUCAAAUUCAAAGAAGAUUUGGUGGCGGAAUUGAGCAACAACAACAACAAAAGAAUUUUAAAAAUUGUGGUGCAGGAACAGAAAUUGAAGCAAUGACAAUUCGUUGGGAAAUUGAAAAAGCAGAAAAAGAAAGAAGAAUACAAGAAUUAUUGGAUGAUAAAAUGAGAAUACAAAUGCAAUGGGCAGAAGAACGUCGAUCAUUAGAUGUUCGAGUAAGAAUGCUUGAAAAAGAUUUACGUCAUUUUAUGGGAAGUCAAAGUUCUUUAGCUAGUUCUGGAGGUGCUGGUAGUGGAAUUGGUGGUUAUUAUCCAACAGAAUUGAAUGAACACAACAGCCCAUUUUCGUCAAUUCGUGGAUCAAAAUUUUUCCAUCGCUCAACAGCUGAAUUGCCUACUAGUGCACGAGGUGCGACACUUUAUGAUGAAAGAAUUGCUUCACAAGAUGUGAUGGCUCGAAUGGAGGAACUUGGUCGGAAAUUGGCAGAAAAACGGAAUAGAAUUAUUGAAAGACCACCAACAUUAAAUAUACAAAAGUCAAGUAAUCUUCAAAUGAAUCGUGUACCCGCAGAUCUGCCUUCACCACAACGUCAACAAAUUCGAAGUCAAUCACGUUCUUCUUCCUCCGAGCAACCACUUGCACAUGCUGAUAUUUCUCCUGGAUCAGAAGACCAACCUUCUAAUGGGGGCACUCCCCUUUAUCGACAAAGUGCCUCUUCUACUAGCUCUUCUAGCAAAAAACGUUACUUGGUUAAUGCGUCUGCUAGUCAAUUAAACGCGUAUUUGGAGCAAUUACCUGAGGCAACGAGGCGAAGAUUGGCAGGAGAUCGUGUUUCUUCUGGAGGAUUUCAUUUAAUGGCUGGGAUUGAGAGGAACGGAGGUGUGUCCAACCGACGUGAAGGUGGUUGCCGUCGAUUGUUGCGAGACCACUCCGUGGAAACUCGAAAGGGAAAUGUUGUCACUGAAUUGGCUGCCCCACCACCUCCCCCAAACUAUCAAGAAGCGGCACAGCAACGUAGAGAAACACAGCCACCACCGCCCUAUCAGGGUCAUCAACAAUUAAGACAAAUGCAUCAAAUGGCAAGCAUUGAAGAGCCUGGUCAAGAGCCUCCACCAAUUCCUCCUAUGCCUGCUUACAUCCAACAACAACAGCAACAAAGAAACGGUAAAGCGGUGAAUGUUGUAGAAGUUAAAGAAGAGGAAGGAGAUUCGGAUACAUUGACAGGUCAUAAACAAUUGGUUUUUAGAAGGAGCUCUUUGGGUAAUCAAAAUCUUAUUGAUAGAUGA